CACAAUGGCUGCCGCCUUUGACGACGAAGACCUCUCAGUCUCUCUCCAUCCUCUCGAAGCCGAUCGCCCUCGUGACCGUCGUCCCAGCGCUUCCAAUCCUCCUCCCCCCAAUCCCAAUUUCCCUGCCAUGGCGAUGCCUCCGCCAUCCCGCCCGAUCGGAAAAGGCGGCGAGGCCUCGAUGCAAUCUCCGGCCACCACCAGAGACAUGCAGCGCCUCGAUCAGUAUCAGACAGUGAAGAUACUUGGGGAGGGUUCAUUCGGAAAGGUGAAGCUGGCGAUCCACCAACCAAGUGGUCGGCAGGUCGCCCUCAAAAUCAUCUCCCGUCGCAAAUUGUUGUCUCGGGACAUGGUCGGUCGUGUCGAGCGUGAGAUUCAGUAUCUGCAAUUGUUGCGACACCCUCACAUCAUCAAACUAUACACCGUCAUCGCAACGAAAACCGACAUUGUUAUGGUCCUAGAGUAUGCCGAACGAGAAUUGUUUGACUAUCUGGUGAAGCGGGGUCGGUGCAAUGAUGCCGAAGCUCGCAAAUUCUUCCAGCAGAUCAUCUGUGCAGUGGAGUACUGCCAUCGUCACAAGAUUGUCCAUCGUGAUCUGAAACCGGAGAACCUGCUUAUUGACCGGGAGAAGAACGUCAAGAUCGCUGAUUUCGGCCUGAGCAACAUCAUGACGGAUGGAAACUUCCUCAAAACCAGCUGCGGUAGUCCUAAUUAUGCAGCACCGGAGGUCAUUUCGGGAAAGCUUUACGCAGGGCCUGAAGUCGACGUAUGGAGCUGCGGUGUCAUCCUUUACGUAUUGUUGGUGGGCAGACUUCCCUUUGAUGAUGACUAUAUCCCGGCCCUCUUCAAGAAGAUUGCUGCGGGGAACUUCCACAUGCCUGCCUACAUAUCCUCCGGCGCUGCUCGGUUAAUCCGGUCCAUGUUGCAGGUUCAUCCAGUUCACCGCAUCACCAUUCCGGAAAUCCGUCAGGAUCCCUGGUUCCUACAAGAAUUACCAAAGUAUUUACAACCUCCUCCGGACGAGUUCAUCGCUACUGGCGUGGACCCAAACAAGGCUAUAGAUCCACGCAAGCUGGUGCCGGGAAAACCGCUAUCUGUGCAGCAUAAGAUCCACCAGGUUGCUAUUUCCAAGUUGGAACGGAGCAUGGGAUAUACGCGCGAGGACAUUGAAGAUGCUCUGAGAAAUCCUGAACCAAGCGCCAUCAAAGAUGCUUUUUUUAUCAUUAUGGAGAACGAGAUGAUGCAGACGAAUUCACCUACCGAGGACAAUCUCAUGGGCCCUCCUGUCGCUCCCUCCCCGCCUGCCGAUCGACACCCUCAGGUUUCAGCAGCGGCUGGCCGACCGACUGUCCCGCCAAGCCACGGAACCCCACCGGGCCCCCCUACAAGGCCGCGGAGUGGCUCGCAGCGUCAGCCAUCUCAAUUGUCUCAGCAGAGCAAUGCAGACGAACUCGAUGCGCCCCGAGUCAGCCAUGUUCGAAUUCUGCCGACAAGUGUACCCUUCGUGCAUGACCAACUCAUGGAACAGCGGGAACGCGAGCAGAGAGAACGUGCUGCGGAGCGGUCAUCCGAGGAACAGGCAUUAGGUGGUCCAGAGUCCGAGGACGACUUAAACCGAAACGGUCAGCCGGGACGCUCGCUGGAGGAGCAAGAGGCAACUGCAAGAGCCCUGAAGCCUCAUUCCCGCAGCAUUAUCGACCUCGAAAAGCUGCGCCUCCAACCACCUGAAGGCCGAAGCGCCCCGCACCAGCCCAAGCGGUCACGAAAGUGGCAAUUUGGUAUUCGCUCCCGAAAUCAACCCUACGAGGCAAUGCUCUACCUAUAUAAAGCCAUUUCGGCUCAGGGAGGAAUCUGGGAAAUUGCACCCACCGGAGCAGACAGCUUGCAAAUAGGGGAGCAAUGCCCGGACCAGCCUAUGCCACUCCAAAGCAAGUAUCCAGAUUUACCGUCAGACUACUAUAUUCCCAAGGAUCCCUGGUUUAUCAGAGCGCGUCUCCUGAAGGAGGGAGUCAAGGCACCGGGCCAGUCCGCCAGUGUGCAUAGCAGUCGAAGCGAUCUGAAUCUGGAGGACCUGCGGCGACGGUUCAACCUGUCGAGUGGACCAUUCUCGGCUGAUGAUAAGAGCCUUACGCCGGAGCAUGCGAGCAUUUCGAACCCUUCUUCGGCGACCCAAACUCACACAAUCUCCCGGAUCUCGUACGGAGUGUGGGUUUUCGUCGAUAUCCAGCUGUAUCAGCUGGAAGAGAACAACUACAUGGUGGACUUCAAAUGCGAUGGGUACCAGAACGUGAUUCGUGGCGAAGGCGACAGCGAUUGGCACCCCAUCAGCAAACGGUUCCGGAACAAGGAAAAGGAGGUAACCAGUCCUUAUCCAUUCCUGGACGUGGCCUCGGAUCUUGUGGCUCAACUAGCGACUGCUAGUUGAUAGUGCAACGUUUGAUUGAUUCAACGGCGUCAAGGGGCUUUCGGAGCAUAUUGUGGGUGGCAUUUGGCGUUUUUAUGUUUGUCGUUGUAUUCAGCUUGAUGCUGAAUUGCUCUAUUGCAUGAAAUCUAUAUGAUCUACUAGCGCUGCAUGGAUUCCGUCUUCGUUUGCAUGUUUUCCUCCCCCAGUGUAUCGAGAAACGUGUACCAAUUGUUGAGUAAUGGGUGGAGGCCAUGUUUGGAAUCGAGAUUGACGAGUUUUAAGCAACAAUCGAAUAAGGAUCGGAUAUCUGGCCCGGC